CAGCUGAACAAGUCCUAAGACCCAGUGACGGGACAGGCUUAGUGAAGUUGUCAGCUCCCGGUCGCUCCUCUUCAUCUUCACCUCAGCCUCCAUCAUCAUCGUCAGCGUCUCCUGAAGGUCAUGGCGGGCUGCGCUCUCCUCCAGGCCCUCUUCCUGCUCCUGGGAUGGACGAUGCUGCUCAGCGGCACGCCGGCACAGAGGAUCAGAGUACGUCGUCAGAACAUGAAGGUGCGGAUCAACGCCACCGGCGACACCAUCGUCAUGAAGUUUGUGCGUCCGAGUCCUGACGUGAAGCUGGAAGGUUACGUUCUGGGUUACGGCAGCAGCAUGUUCUCCAAACAGUUCAUCCCUCUGCCGGAGAACGGAGAACAGUACGAGACGGAGCUGGACGCUGAGCCAAAGUACCUGGUAGCGGUCCAGCCAAUCCCGGUUAACGAUGUGAAGAAACACUGCACAGGUAAAGUGAACCUGGAGAAGCCGCUCCACCUGGUGAUCGGCUCAGUCAGCCCGACCGCCGUGCUGCUGUCCUGGGGAAACUACCUGAAGACGCCGUACGAGGGGGACAUCCUGAACGAGUGUCUGGAGGACGGGUUCUACACCAUCCGCUACAGAGAGAGGAACAGGAACUGGAUCUACCAGACCUGCCCGACCAGCGACACGGUCGUCGACAACCUCAAACCCAACACGCCGUACGAGUUUGGCGUCCGCUCCAACAAGGACGACCGCAGCGGCAUGUGGAGCAAACCGGUCAUCCACAACACCAACAUGGGCAAUAAAAAUGCACAGAAGCCCUUCAAGCUGAGAAAUCCUCUGGCCAAGCCUCUGAAACCUCUGGGCCCUCACGCUCUGUUCCCUCCUCGUAUCGCUCUGCACAACCGGACCCGCCUCCCUCUGCUUAAGAACCCCGCCUUCCCUGGAGCUCCUCGCACCUCUUUCGCGCCCCCUGGAGGCCACCAGGACACUGCCGAGCCUAGCGCCCCCCGUGUUUCUCUCGACGGAGAAAGCUCUUUUAGAAACGACUCGGUGAAAGCGUCGGAUCCUCGUCCUGCCCUCCCCUCUCUCCUGGCCACCACGGUCCCUCCUGCAGACACCACAGUCUCCCCCCUCCUAACACUGACCUCCAUGGUCCACCCUUGGCAGAGACAGACUACUAAGGCACCUACUAAUGUACCUGAGAAGACCUUUAACCCUGCUGCUUUCGACCAAUCACAGGAUGAGUCCUCCCUGCUGAGAUCCAUUCUGGCCAAUGAGAGAGCCAGAUCUAACCUCUGGGGUGCAGACAACAAAAGAAACUUGUCUCCAUCGUUGGCCUUUCAGCCCUACGACCCUGCAGCUCCCCCGCUGGUCAGAUCCAUGAGACCUGGGUCCAGAAACCCCCCGUACCCCCUCUCUAACGGCCUCAGACAACCCAACCUUAGAGCCAGUAGCGUCGUCCCCUCCUCUGGGAUACUGGGGGUUAACGGACAGCCUCAGCGGGGGGGCCUCGCCCCACCUCGACCAGCCUUAUGGUCCAGACCUCGACUCGUUAAUAACUCGUUAUCGGAGGAGAAGAAGUCCGACUCUCCUGACGUUUUCGGGCGUUCGAGUCCCGUGUUAAAGGAGCGUUUUCACGGAUCGCCCCCUCGUCUUUCCAUCCCUCUCAACAAAAGACCCAACCUCGUGGGGAAACCUGGAGACACUGAUAAAGUCAACAAUCUGAAGCAGACGGACAAGCUGCCCAUCCUGAAACCCAAACUACCUCCAGCAACCGCCAAACCCACCAAACAGGAACGCAAGCAGACGACGACUACGACUGCUGUUCCCCUGACCACCGCAGUCAGCCGUCAGGAGAGCUGGGAGGAUUCUGAACUCUUCAAAUCCCAGCCCACGUCUGAUGUCGACGCUCUGGGGAAGAAACGCUACGUUGCUCCUCAUGUGGUCUACCAAACAGGAAAGAAACCCGACGAGCCUUGCUCCAUCACUUCCUCUCUGAACUACUUCCCCGAAGACGAACGCAGCGAGGCAAACGUGACAGCGCCGCCCAAGACUCCGCCCUCUAACUUGACCGUGGUAACGGUGGAGGGAUGUCCAUCCUUCAUCAUCCUGGACUGGGAGAAGAGUGACAACGACACCACAGAGUAUGAAGUCAUCUCUACAGCUAAAGGACCGGACGGCGAGCAGGUCUCCAUCCUGACCACCAACCAGACCCACACGGCAGUAGAAAACCUCAAACCAGAGAGCAGUUAUGAGUUCAAGGUGAAGCCGAAGAACGAGCUGGGUGAAGGUCCUCCCAGUGACCCCGUCUCUUUCAACACAGAGUCAGCCGACCCUCGUGUGAGCGAGAACGUCUCUGGUAAGGACGCCAUCUGGACGCAGUUUCCCUUUAAGACUGACGCCCACUCCGACUGCCAUGGGAAGCAGUACGUGAAGAGGACGUGGUACAGGAAGUUUGUGGGCGUCCAGCUCUGUAACUCGCUCAGAUAUAAGAUCUACCUGAGCGACUCGCUCAAUGGUAAAUUCUAUAACAUCGGGGAUCAGUCGGGCUUUGGCGAGGAUCACUGUCAGUUCGUGGACUCGUUCCUGGACGGGCGGACGGGUCGUCAGCUAAGAGCCGACCAGCUGCCUUCUCGCCCUGGUUUCUACCGCGCCGUCCGUCAGGAGCCCGUCCACUAUGGUCAGAUCGGAGGCCACUCCCACAUCAACUACGUGUCAUGGUACGAGUGCGGGACGCCGAUCCCUGGGAAGUGGUGAGAGGACUGACGGUGGAGGGGGCGGGGCACCUGCAGGUGUGCUGUAUAAACAUGUAGAGGACAGAUGGGUCAGGGAAUCAAGGACACGCCUCCUCGGCAUCACCAUCACACAACGCCAAAGAGGAGGACGGGGAGGCGUGUUCUUCUGUGGGGGGGUGGGGCUAACUCACAUUACAGGUAUUUUAUUUUGUCAAAGGGAAGCUGGCUCCCUGUACUUCCUGUUUUCAUACAGAGAUGUUUUAUUUAUCAGAUUACAGUUCUGCUCUCAGAGUAUUAUGGGAUGUUCUUCUGCUGUCUCUCUGCUCACCUGGUUACUACGCUAUCACCUGAACAACCAUCUGACCAAUCAGAUCAGUCAGAUCAGUCAGACAUCAACGGUUAAAAUCGCUGAUAAACUUCAGGAGGUCCCAGGAUUUAAAUUUAUCAUGAAUGAACCUGCUGUUAUCCUCCAUCCUGGGCCAGAACAGAGACCGGGUCUAAAGGGUCUGAGGGGUCGGGAGGUCACAUGUCCACAGCUGCUGGCUCCGCCCCAUCUCUUCUCACCAGUGUUCACUCUAGCAGUGUGGACUCCGCCCAUCCUCUCUGAGGUCAUUUUCAGUCUCUUUCUGUUCUCCAUGUUCUCCCUCUGUCCAUCAGCCUGUCCCGCCCACCAUUGUUGUUGAUAGAGCUGUUGUUAGAAGUCCCGCCUCCUCUUAGUUGUGAUUGGUCAGUGAAGGACACAGUUGAACACAGCGACCUCACCGAACCCUGUUGGUUUUAUUUUGAAAAUCCUCCCGGUGACACUAAGAGCAGCUGUGGACCCAGACCCAGACCCAGACCCUGACCCUGACCCUGACCCUGACCCUGACCUGGCGUGGGCGUUGGUUAUAGAUACUGGCGUGAAGGCGCCUCCUGGUGGUCAUUCACAGGUAACUGUGCUGAUUAGAGCUGGUGGUGAUCAUUUAAACCAUCGUUAACAUAUCAGAGACACAGUAACCAUCAAAGUCUUCCUCUUCCUCUUCCUCUUCCUCUUCUUCCUCUUCCUCCUCUUCCUCUUCCUCUUCCUCUUCCUCCUCUUCCUCUUCCUCUUCCUCUUCCUCCUCUUCCUCUCCCUCCUCUUCUUCCUCUUCCCCUUCCUCUUCCUCUUCCUCCUCUUCCUCUUCCUCUUCCUCUUCCUCCUCUUCCUCCUCUUCCUCUUCCUCUUCCUCCUCUUCCUCAGAUUAUCGCCUCGUUUCUAGUCAAACACUCGACGUGUUCAGACGAGUCGUCUUCAUUGCAGUUUGCACAGAAAAGUUUUAUUUGUAUAUGGAGAGAGAAAGUAUUUUUGUAAUACGUUUGCAGAUUCAUUUCCAUAAAAGCUGGGACGUUUUUACGUGUCUUUAACCAUCCAUCCAUCCUCUUCCUUCUUCUUGUCCUCGUCAUCGUUGGAUCGUCUCGUUAGCGUCAUUGUUUCAUCUUUAACUAUCACCCUAAAAUGUCCUGAUAACUGAUCAGAGUAUUGAUCAGUGAUAUUGGAUCUAAAGAAGAGUCUGUCUUAGAUAACGGUUCUACCGUCCUGACUUAAACAUGGAGAACGUCUCUGACUUUAUUGAUCCGCUGACAUCACUGAAGCAGAUUUAAACAGCGGCCAUGUUUCCGUCCUCCUUCAUUAAACAGUGAACUGUCCCUUUAAUGUGUUCAGACUCAUCAUUCUGUAUAUAAACUGUUGAUG